GCUGUCUACGCCCAUAUCUUGACUGGUCUGCUUUUCUGACUCGAUCCUGCUAUCGAUGCUCUCAUCGUAACCUGGUAGUUAAACCUUGGAGGACUCGUGCAUGAACAGCGUCAAGAGCCUUCUGCGUAAACUUGUACCGCGACGAACGCCUACGACUGUUACGAAUUGUCUCCCAAAGUCCCGCUCAGCCAUGGAGUUCACAACACAAAUCCUGACAUGCGACACCCCAUCCGUGUCGUUCAUUGCCGACAAGCUGGAGGUCACGUCGCCAGAGACAUUGCAGGCGUUGCAACGCGCGUCCGCGGACCUCCGCAACCUCCAAACUGUCGCGUUCCCCACCGAGACUGUUUACGGUCUAGGCGCGGUCGCGCUCGACCCCAUCGCCGUCGCACGCAUUUUCUCAACCAAGGGGAGACCCUCAGAUAACCCCCUCAUUGUGCACGUCUCCUCGCGUGAGAUGCUGCUCAAGAUACUUCCGAAGGGUUACGUGCCCUCCCGAACAUACGAGGUGCUCAUGAAGCGAUUCUGGCCGGGCCCGCUCACACUUCUGUUCCCUAAUGACUCCUCCAUCGUCCCCCCAAUCAUAACCGCAAAUCAACCCACGAUCGCGGUACGCAUGCCGUCUCAUCCCAUCGCACGAGCUCUCAUCGCGCUCACGGAUGCGCCGGUUGCCGCUCCGAGCGCGAAUUCGUCGGGGAAGCCGAGCCCCACGCGCGCGGAACAUAUAUUCAACGAUCUCAACGGAAAGUUGGGCAUCAUCCUGGACGGCGGGGCAUGCGGAGUGGGGCUGGAGAGCACCGUUGUAGACGGUUUGCAAGAGGACGGAAACCUCCGCGUGCUCCGACCUGGAGGUGUGACGGUCGAAGACCUAGAGCGCGUCGUACGCGAGGAGCUCUCUGACAUCGAACCGCUUCCGAAGGUGCUCGUCCACCGGCGCGACUACCGCGACGAGGCGUUAGAGCAUGCGCCGACGACCCCAGGGAUGAAGUAUCGCCAUUACUCGCCAAGCGUCCCCGUGACGCUGCUGCACACGCUCUCGCAACCCCCUCCUGGCGCUCACCUUACUCCUCUAUCUAGCCUCUUGGAUACGCUUCGGGCGGAUGCGAAGGCGCUCGGUAGACCGUUGGAAGUUGGGGUGCUCGCGCCCUCGGACUCGCCGCUUUUGGAGAAGUUGUCUGUCAAGUCGCUUCCAGACGUCCGGUGGACUAGGCAUCUGCUUGGGCCGCUCGCAGAACCCGCCGUGUCUGCGCAGCGGUUGUUCGACGGGCUGCUCUCUCUGGACAGUGCCAAAGUAGACGUGAUCCUCAUAGAGGAGAUAGGAGAAGAACGGGAGGGUCUUGCGGUCAUGAAUCGCGUGAAGAAGGCCGCUGGGAGCUUGGUUUGGUUAGAGAUCUAGACUAUCUUACUGCUAUGGGUACCUCUUGCGAACGAAGGAGCACAAACAUUUCGUGUAACGUUUGCCCGCGUAACUCGGGAAGCGACAAAGCUGGAACUUGAAGAGUCGCCCCGACGUUGCGGUCUGAACGAGUUAGGUAUGAGACUCGGAGCCGUCACUUUCCAGAGAAUUGUUCGCCCUUACAUUAUCUGAGUCUAUGGGACGAGCCUUCGAGCCGCGCGGAUUUGGGGACUCGCGUGGGCUAUGUCUGCAGCAGGUUGAUCUUAGGCAGGGGUGGCAAUGGUCACGUGCCGCCUCCUACGGACAUGCGCACCAGAGACCGCCUUUGUGGACCGGGAUGUGAAGGUUUGGGCACUUGCAUGUUGAUCUUUCGAAGGGGUGCUUUCCUCAUUGGGAUCUCAUCGUCGUCCUUUGACUUCCACCCGCUAGCGGCUGCGAUAUCCUCCCCGACGUAUAAAGCUUUCGCUGUGGCCAUGAGCGGCACCAUAGAACCCCCGCUUUUCUCAUCGCGCUGCUGUGUCAAGCGAGUCCUCAUUCUUACCUGUUGACUUGUGUAACCAGUCUUGCUUUCCAAGAUGCAGCCGCAACCCAACCGUCUUAACACGGCUUCCCCCUUUGUACCUCCACCCCCUUCCGCAUCGCCUGGUGCGGUAUCUGUUCCUCCUUCGGACUCCGAGUGGUCGACGGCCAGCGACUGGUCCCUGAACGCGUCAAAUC